UGACGCUGAAAUGAAAUUGAAAAUCGAAAUCGAAAUUGAAAGCAGCGGCCGUGCAGCAAUUGCAAUUGCGAUGCGUGCAAUCAAUCCUGUCAACAAUCAAGUGCUUGCAGUGCUGAGCGCGCAGUGCAGCCAAUAGGAAUCAGAUCGGAAUCGGGAUUGCAAGUGGGGACAGGAUCGCAAUCGGGAAUCGGAUCGGAAGUCGUGAAUCGGAGGAAGGAGAAUCAACGAAAGAGGCAGCGAAAGCUGUUGCCUCUCACCUGAGUCUCUUGCCCGGAAAAUGGAAUCGUCCAUUAAGCUUAAGGACAGCAACUCCAACUGCAGCUCCAAUUCGAAUGGCAAUGUGGGCGGCGUCGGUGGCGGAGGCGUGUCAGGAGGCGGCGGCGGUGGAGGAGGCGUGUGCGUGUCCAGCAUCUGCAGCAGCGAUAGCUUCAGCAUCAUGCCACCGCCGCAUCACGAACUGGUCAGCGCCAACAGCAUCGAGCUGAAUGCGGCGGCCUCUUUGAGCGAUGACAGCGGUGUGCCCCUGACCACCAACAGCUCCAUCUCCAGCGGGGAUUCCUACCGGCUGGGCAUGUGCAAAUUCGAGAUUGAGAUGGUGGAGAGCGAUGGCGAGGUGUCGCAGUUCGAUUCGCUGGACAAUUGCUCGGAGGGCGGGAUGAGUGCCGAGAACUUCAAUACGCUGAAAAAGGGUCCGCUGGCGCCCAUCGAUCCGCCGCCCGAGUUCCAGGACUCGCCGCAGACCACCCUGGUGCGGUCGAUCUCCAAGAACAUAGUGAACAGCCUGCGUCGCUGGACCUCCUCGCAGUCGUCGUUCGAGCAUCUCAAGGACGACGCCGCCACCAUGGUGAGCGGCUUGGCAACGGCCGUCCUGCCCGAGGAACCGCAUCCGCAUCCGCCCAGCCAGGAGUUGGUCCUGCUGCUGGCCAAGGCCGAGUGCAAGCUGGACGCCCUGGACGGCCAGGCCCUGGGCCAGAUGAGUCUCAAGGAGUCGUAUGCGAUCAACAAGCAUCUGUACUCGAGCGACUCGAUACUGAACAGCCAUACGGACAACAUCUACGACGAGCCCAACAACAUUGUGAGCAGCUCGCUGGGCAACAGCGUCGAUCUGCUGGAGGAGGAGCAGUCGGAGGCCAGUAGCUGCUCCCCGCUGCCAUCGCCGCCGCCGCCCGUGUCCAUAGUGAAGAUCAAGCAGACGCUGUGUCCGUACUACCAGGACCACACCCGCUACUUCAAGGCCAUACCCACGGAGCAGGACAACAUAGCCAGUGCCAAGGCGGCGGCUGCCCAGCAGCGGUUCAACAGCGCCGGCCUGUCGGAGAUCCAUGACUACGACCUGUACUACGGGGCCAGGAGACAGCCGGUGGACAACAGCAGCCUGCAGCGACGGCAGGCCUCGCUGUACAGUCCGCUGGGCCACACCAGCCACUGUCACUAUCACCACAGCCACGGCCACGGGCAUGGGUACGGGCACGGGCAUGGGAACCACCAUCACCACCACCACCACCAGCCGGGCUACGGCUACAGCCAUGGCCAGCGGCCCAACUCGCGCAACUCGCUGAACAGCCGCCUGAGCAGCUCGCACAAUUCGCUGAAUGUCUCGUCGGCCAACAAGCCGGACGACUCCAUCUUCAUCACCCAGGCCAUGUCCCACGAUGCGCUGUUCACGCGCGAGAUCUCCGACUUCUACAACGUGCCCAUCGACUCGGACAUCUAUGCCUUUCCCGUGGACAUGAUCGAGCAGCAGCAGCAGCAGCAGUUGGUGCAGGAGCAGCAGCAGCAGCAGCAGAAGCCCACCGCUCCCACCUACCACAAGGCGAGCAGGCGGAACAAGCGGAACAAGCGCAAGCAGCGCUACGGAGGAUCGGGCACGGGCGCCGGCACGGAGACCAGCGACGGGGAUGGGGAGAAGAGCAAGCACGGCAAGUACCGGACGCCCGUGGGCGUGGUGGGCAUGGGCCAGGUCAGCGAGUCGGAGCCGUUGCACAUGACCCUCGACGAGGUGAAGCAGUUCUACCACACCCUCUACUCGGAUGCGGGCAAGCCCACGCCCAAGCCGAUGGUCAAGUCGAGCAACGAGACCAUUUGGAGUGUGUCGACCAAUACCACCACCACGACGGCGAGGACGCGGAGCAGUGUGGGCACCACCCGGGCAGGAGGUGGUCCCCCGGGAGCGGCCAAUGGAGUCGGCGGGGCGAGCAGUGAUGGCGGCGUUGGCGGUGGCAGUGGCAACAGUGGUGGCGGUGGCGGCGGUGGCAAGUAUCUGAGCAAGCAGAAUAAGCACAAUCUGGACAACGAUAAGCUCAACAACAACAAUAACAACAACAACCAUCAGCCAUCGCAACAGCAGCUGGAGAAGCCGCCGACGGAGCACCACAACCACAAUCAGCACCAGCAACCGCCGAACAACAAGCACGUCCUGCACUCGGAGAAGAAGUCGCAAUUCACGCUGAAUCUGAAGCAGCGUUUCUGCAGCAUCUUCCGCUUCCGGCGGAGCAACCAUAGUCGCUGCCGGGGAUCGGGUGGCAACCAGACGGGCACCCUUGCCAGUGCAAAUGCGAAUGCAGCCGCCACAGCGCCCCUGAUCCCGCCGGCGGCCGUGAUAACCAGUGCUCCGGGGACGGCGGGCCAAACCCAGUUGGCCACCGAACUGAACGGCGGCGUUGGCGGGACGUUGAUCACGGCGGAAGCGGACGAACCGAAUGCCGAUCUGCGCAAGAAGUUCCAGUCCCGUGCCCUGCCACCACUACCAAAGAAGGCUGCAGCCUAUGCCAUUGAAGCCGUGAAACCGGAACCGGAGGAGCCCAAGACGAACGUGGUCCAGGAGCCGCGUGCGCUGCAGUUCACCUCCAGCAUUGAGAAAGUCAAAGACUAUGGCUGGUACUGGGGUCCCCUGUCCAGCGAGGCGGCCGAGAAGGUGCUCUCCAGCGAGCCGGAUGGCUCCUUCAUCGUGCGCGACAGCUCCGACGACCACUACAUCUUCUCGCUGAGCUUCAAGCUGAACAACUGCGUGCGCCAUGUGCGGAUCGAGCAGGAUCAGGGAACUUUUUCCUUCGGCUCGUACGCCAAGUUCAAGUCGCAAACUAUCACCGAGUUCAUUGAGAAGGCUGUCGAGCAUUCGCGAAGCGGCAGAUAUCUAUUCUUUCUGCAUCGUCGGCCUGAGCACGGACCAAUGCGUGUGCAAUUAACCAAUCCAGUAUCUAGGUUUAAGCAUGUACAAAGCUUGCAGCACAUGUGCAGAUUUGUUAUACUAAAGGCGGUUAUACGAAAGGAUCUUAUACAGACAUUGCCAUUACCGAGAAGACUUCUAGACUAUCUUAACUAUAAGCACUGCUACUCCGAGCAGGUGGAGAGCGACAGUUCGCAUUCGCAGAUAUCUGGCGAUGGAACGAUGUAAGGAAGGGAAUACAAAACAGAAUGGAUUCGCUCGUGACAACAAAACGUAAACGAAAGCAACAGAAAUUAUUACCUUAAAUAAGUAGUAGAAUUUAACGAAACAUUAAACAACAGCGACAAAGCAAACAAACAAACAACCGUUAAAUGUUCUGUAUAACAAGAACAGCAAAAAAAAAACACCAAACAAAACAAAAAGUUACAUGAGUAAGCAAAGCGAAAAAAAUUGUUAGUUUUGCUAAAAAAAAAAACGAAAAACGAAAAACCAGGAGAAACCAAGAAAACAAAAUUCAAAACUCUGUUUAUUGAUCAUUUUUUUGUACUCGGUGCUAUACUAUAAAUAUUAACUAUUUAAUGAAAGGAACGCAGAAAAACCAGAAUAUGACGAUUAUAUAAAUUAAUUAUGCGUAGUCAAGUAAACGAAUAACAGAAUUGUACAUAAGUAUGUUUGAGAGCCAGUAAUCCAAGUCCCACCCACAACCAAAACCAAAACCACAACCCCCUCCCCUUUGGGCACGAAUCAGACAGAGAAAGAGACAAGGUCGUUGAUGUUUUGUGUAAUCAAUUAAUUACUUUUAUGCUUGCCUUUUAGCUGUGAUUUAAAUAAGUCGUCGAAUGUUGAAUGGAAGACGAUUUGCAGUUUGAUAUUUAAUAGAUUUGAUAUAGCCUAGCCCCCAUAUAGUUGAGGUUCUGUUACGCACACUCGAUCUGAAACCAUUUCGAAGCUGCUCAAUCAUCACAAUGCCAGUGCCCAAAGGUCCUUAAGCGAAAGGGAUCCCCCACAGGUGGAGAUCGAACAUGUAUAAACCAACCAUUAUUGUACUUUAGUUUAAUCCAUGUCAUGUACUCAAACGAAGUUGUUGAGAAUAGCAAUUAGUGGAACUCACACAGAUGAAUGAUGGGAAACCAACAACCAAUACUUGUAUUUAGAUUUAUUUGAAUUGUUAACUAAUUUUUGUUUUCGGCUUUGUUAUUUAUGUUUUAAGCGCAACUCUUUUGUACACUAUUGCGUAUGGUUUGUUUUUAGUUUGUAUUUAUAUAUAUUUUUUUCGUAAAAUUACGUAUACGAUAUAAGAAAACCUCCUCCAAUCCAAUCCAAUCCAAGCCAAGCCAAGCCAAAUUCGAGUCCGUCUUGGACUCUGCUCCUCCUUGAACAUUAAACAAACAAUAUUUGUCUAUGGAAAUUAAAAUAAACGAAUGACGAUAGAAAUACAAAGCAAUGCAGAUGAUAAGAGGGCGAGGAAGGGAAACGAACGGUCACAGCAAAUGAGCAAAACAACAAAGGCAAUAUAAAGAAAAUUUUUAAUAAUAAAAAUUAAACAAUGAAA